CGUGACUAUGUCGGACGAGGAGCAGCGACGGGAGUAUGCCCACUACAUGGGCGCUACGACCAGCUCGGGCCAGCAAUAUUUCUACCCUCUUGUGCCUUAUAAACCUACAGAUCAACAACAGCUGGCAGAGAUCCCUCCCGCCGCACCUAGUCCCCCCAUCCCAAUGUCGCCCAAGCCGUCGAGCUACGUGUCUCUCCCUCGAAGCUAUGCUCCUCUGCCUGCCCAGAAUGAGUACGGUGUUUCAUGGCACUACAGCGGAUCCGGUCCGCCACCCCCCGUCGAAGUGGGCGCUUCAACCGAGAUGGUCCCUGUCCCUGCAGCCGGCUCCGUAGCUUCUGAGGUGUACGAGCACAGGAGGUCAAGGGACCGCUACUAUCACUGUUCGUGGGACUACCGACCAGAACGUGCUGCAUCUCCAUCGCCUCCACCGCAGCCGGCCCUCGCUCCAGUGCCCGUCCCUACGGUUCCGGUCCUUUUCUGCCAUACGUGUAGCGAGUGCGGGCGGAUACGGUCAGCUGGCUUCCACCGCGAGAACCCUAUCAUCCCCGGCAAACCCGUCGUCCCGGGAGUCUGCAGGCGAUGUGAGAAGAAAGAAAAUAAAAAGAGUGAGGAAAACGAUUGUGUGAAGAAGGUCACUCAUAUCCGGUCAUGCACAGUAGAUCCCCCCGAGGAGCCGUGCGACUGGCCAUCAAGGUCACGGUCUGUCCACAUUCAAAUCGGACGAAACGAGCGUCGUGGAAGGCAGCGAAGCAGAUCUCGCAGCAGCAGCGAGGACAUUCAUAUCGUGAGCCGCGCCCGCUCUCACGACAAGCCUCGUCCUGUCAUUCGGAGGUCUGAGAGUCAUACGCGUCUGGGAUUACGUCUAAUUGAGGACGUCAUUCCUGAACCACCGAGUUCGCCAAGGAGGGCUCGGAAAGGUUCGACAUUGCGAGUCGCUUCAGUCAGUCCAGUGCGUAACUCCGCUCGCGCUCGUGUCAAGGUUACCCACCGGAACGUGUCCCACUCACCCCCGAGGACGGAAUACAAGCCACGAAGCAUUUCUGUUGAAGAACGCAGCACGUCUGCAGAGAGGCGUAUUGCAUCGCAUCCCAUGGCCUACCGAGCUGUUCUCCCAGAUCAACGUGCGUUCUUCGAUGGUGCCUCGACCGCAGUCUCUCACACGUCAUAUCCUCAGACUUCGAGUCAGUUGGCGGGUCAAUCCCCCCCCUCCCAAGCACAACCGAUCCUGAAGCCUCCGAAUAUGAGCCAAGAGACCAUUCAUGGACGUGUAGCAAGUGUAUGUCGCAGUCAAGAGAGUACAAUGGUUGAAGUGGGUGGUCCUAGGGUUCAGUUCACUCCUAGUACUCGAGCUUGGAGCACAAAACCGAUGGCAGGAAAGGGGACUGCAGGAACGACCACGCCAAACACAGCGCACUGGAGCAAUAUCGCAACUACAGGAGCUAACACGACAAAUGCAUCAGGGUGGAGCAAUAAUACAACGGCAGGAAGCGGUGCCGAAGGCUGGAAGAGCAGGGAGAGGCGACAUGGAGGUGGCAGCCACAGCAGUGAGGACCAUGAACACUACCACCGACGCGUGCGAUCAGGUUACCGUCAUUAUGAACCUCCAUCCCUACCAAGUCGCAGCCUUGAGGAGGUACAUGUUCGACAUGCCCCUCCCCCGCUUCCAUGCCGCGCUAGCACCCCACACCCGAAUGCUCCAACUGCAUCUGAGCGACCUCCCUCCCUUCAUAGUUGGUCUCGUGCUCAAACCCCCUUCGACGGCGGCUUGACCCCUGGUCCAAGUGAAACCAAAGAUCGUGAUCGUGAUCGUGAUUGGGAUGAAGUUACGGUGUCGGACACAACAUCACAGAAGUCCGCAGAGGUUGAGAUUCUGAGGAAGUGGAAGGGCGUUGAUGAACGCGGACAUCCCUGUACAUUUGUUGAGGAGAGGAUGACGAGGUAUGUGCCUGAGGGUAAAAUAAAGUCGAAGGAGGAACGGGGAAGUUGGCGGGAGGUGUAAUGGAUGGAGGAGGUUAAAAGUUUGGCAGAGUGGGUUAGGGUGCAUUUCGAGGUGGAGGUCGG